CGCGAAGGCAGCGUCCGCCUGCUGCUUGGUGAGCGGCGUCACCAUCGCGAUGUGGCGUUUGGACGGAUAAAUCACCAGCGUUCAAUUCCGUCCCGUCUCAUAUGCAGUGCUCCCAAGCCAUCCUGGAUUAUGCCUGACAUCGAGUGCUAGCCGGACUGUUUUUCUGGGGUUCUACCGAAGAACUGUAAAGCGGUUUAAAGAACAUCCAGCUCCAUAUAAUUCCACAAUGGACAUGGUCUUUCCGACGGAUAAAAUGUCUCUUAUUUCAGUUACUUUGGCGCUGCUCGCCGUCGUCUCCUAUACUUCCCCGGUCAGCGGGAACGAGGACUGUCUGUGGUACGUGGAUAAAAAUGGCACCUGGCACAACGGCUUCGACUGCCCUCUCAUCUCAUCCUGCUGCGGCAACUGCCACCGGCGCUACUGCUGCAUGGACCCCUUCAAGAUGAUCACGGAGAGGGAACAGAAACGCUGCAUGCUGUUCCAGUUCAGUCCUAGCACUUUAGUUGGCAUCGCAUCCUCCAUUCUGCUGUUUGUGGCCAUCAUUGCAACCAUGGUCUGCUGCUUCAUGUGCUCCUGCUGUUACCUUUACCAGAGGAGGCAACAGAGAGGCAGGACUCCUUAUGAUGCCCAGCACAUCCCCAUGGCCAGCUACCCUGUGGAGCCCAUGCACGACGCAUAUGGAAAACCUCUCGGACCUUCAGAGUAUCCACCUGCAGGUUAUCCUAUGGUGCCCCAGUACACUGGCAUGCCUGUACAUUACCCCAUGAUGCAUCCAGGACCUUACCCAUCACACUCAAUGGAUCCGGCAUACGGCCAAGCCCCACCACCUUACUCUCCACCUCAGUAUCCUGGUCACUGAUGGACUCAUCUUCACAUAAAAACACAUCAUAGAGAAAUGACUGUUUGAAAAGGAGAAGGCGACAUUCCUGUUUUAGAUGUAACAGCCUAACACACACCCAUUAAAAUCAAACUACAACUCAACCAGUAGUGGUUUCAAUGCAGAGGAGAAAUCUUAAUUUUUUUAUUUAUUUUACUGUUUGUUUGCAGCACCGUCCUACAUUUCCACAGCAGUAGUGUUAGUCAUUAUGUUCCUCAGUCUGAAUUGCUUUCGGCGAGUUCCACAGCAGGCAUCACAUUAAUCCCACAGCUGAAGGAGUGUCUGUCCAGACGUUUUGAGUUUUGCUAGGACUCGCUCGUCUCAAUGACAGAGUGUCACCUGAAGACGGUGCUCUCUGGCUUACAGCAAACCAAAGUCGAAGAACGGGGCCUGUGACGCACUUCUUUCUUUGUUAAAGGGAGGGAAACACUUAACCUUUCUUGUGUUUAAGUUUAAAGAAACUGAUGACUGUCCGUGACUCUGUAUCACAACAGUUUUUAUCAGGAUACUCAAUCUCACCGUCUUUCCAUGGGUGUUUGUCUCCUCAUUGCAGUUGAGGCGGAGGUGGAAAAGCAAAUGAGCUGCAUGUUUCGGUUAUAGUUUUCAGUGUAAAUCCCAGUAAAAACAUUUUGUCUCCUGUUAGUUUGACCUGUACUUGCUCUAUUUUGAUAUAAGAGUCGUGCGAUUAUUUCUGGACAUGUUUUAAGUGACAUCAUCUCAGCAUCAGCCUGCUUCCUCAGUCAGGGUUAGCUUUCCUCCUCAGCUUUAUCUCUGGUUUAAAAUAAAAUUACGGUAAGUCUUAUUGUUAGACGCACACUGCCAGGCAGGAAAACUGCAAAGGUAACAUUUUUAUUUCUUGUAACAUAUCUAGUUAUGGGAGUUUGACUACUUGACUAAAACAGAGUUUCCUCCAUAAGGAAACAUGAAAAAGAGAGAAUAUUUAUUCCAUAUUUUGUAAAUCCAUUCCUUGGUUUUAUGUUUAAUAUUGUAACUUGUUUUAAAUUACUGUACUGUUUUUGUAACACAGGAUCCUUUCUUUCAGUGUUUAUUAUUACUGAGGUUACCUAUUACGGUGAAUGACUCCUUAUCAUCUGGACUCAGCUACCGGGCGAAAAGAAACACUUCAAAGUAGAGAUGCACCAAUCAUGUUUUUCCUGUCCGGUACCGAUUUCUGCUCCUUUUUUUUUUUUUUUUUUUUUACCGUCUAAGCUGCUGAAUUCAAAUUUGACCAAUUUCUUUCUGACCAAAAUGAGCUGCAGGUUUCUUGAUAGAGGUGGGAUUUUUGAAUCCAACAGAAAACAAAGGAUACAAGAUUAUCUCCAUUUAUGCAACAAAUCAUGUACGUAGCUUUUAUCUCAUUAUUUUUUAGUUUGAAAUCAAUUCAUCUAAAUGAAUCCGUUUUGUAGACCAAACAUGCUGGGGGUUCUUAGUUUAAAUGGUUAAUAAUAAAUAAAAAAAACAUGCUCUUAAAUAUUUCAUCCGCUGACUCCAAUCGGCUUCCAUUAGAUGAAAAUUGCCUGACUGAUUGGUGCAUUUAUACUUCAAAGAAAUGUCUUGGUAUUCUUAGAAAUCCUCUUGUAAUAUUUUAAGGUUUUCUGAGUUAAAAUUACAAGAUUUAUUCCAAAAUCUUGAGUUAUAGCAAUAAAUAAGACGGUGAAAUGGCCCAAGUGAAAGUAACAUGUAAGAAGUUUAGAAAUUGUCUAGAAAAGAGUUCAGUACAAUAAGGAUUGAGAAUAGCUGCACCGCUGGGUAGCAACACAUGACAAUUUAGAUUUUUUACUAUCAUAAAACUUUGAUAUAAUUGAGACUAAUACAUAAAUAUUGGAGCUGUAAGAAUCAUUGAGCAGAGGUAUUAAGGGCUGAGAGGGAGCAAAGUUUAGUCGGAUCACGAGAAGAACCUUACUGCCAAUGACAUCUACUCACCUGGUUGCAACUACAUACUUAUCAAGUAUACAAAAAUGUAGAUGCAAUAGUUUGAGUUGGUAUCUGCAUCUUCCCACCCAACCUUUGACCUCCUAUGUCUGAAGUCAUUAAGAGAAAAUAUUUAUAGAUUUCCUAAAAUGCCAGGCUGUUCUUUAGACUUCUUACGGUCCAAUUGUAUCUUUAGGUUUAAGUUUAGCUGACCUUCUCCCCACAGGCUGUGUUUUCUGUUUCUGUACAGAUAAUUCCCUGGUUGGAUGUAGUAACAUUUGUACUAACACAUUUAGGAAAAAAAACACUGCUGAUCAAGUUAGGUUGUGGUCUGAGAUUAACUUCUAUUUCUUGUCUCAAUGUUAAUCUUCUUAGUAAACCACAGGGAAGCCGUCAGUUCUCUUUAUAGUAUGAAUUAUUCAUUCCCGUGUCCGCCUGUACAGAUUUGUUGAAACUUGAGGAGAACGCUGCGAUUUUCUCUGUUCCUUUCAAGUAGUUAAGUAUAACUUUUGCUCAAUAUUGUUCAUGUUUGUUUCUGCUUCGAAACCAACUCCAUGAGUGUGUUUUAAUGAAACUGACAUUUAGGUGGAGAAAUGAAACGUCUAUAUAUGACAUUUGUCUCCUGUCAUAUGGACAGUAGGACACUGUAACAUAAAAUCGAAUGAAAAGAAAUUAUUUCUAUUAAUAAAAAAACUUUAACUUUGGAUUGUAAAACA